GGGUUGCAGUAAAAGCGCGAGACUGCUCCUCGCGAGACACACACUCCAAGCAGAGCGCGAGCCAGACAUUGAAGCAGCAUGGCAGAAGCUCACCAAGCCGUGGCCUUUCAGUUCACCGUUACUCCAGAUGGCAUUGACCUUCAGCUGUGUCAUGAGGCCUUACGCCAGAUCUAUCUUUCUGCCUUACACUCCUGGAAAAAGAGGUUCAUUAGGUUCAAGAAUGGUGUUAUGACUGGAGUUUAUCCUGGAAGUCCUUCUGGACUCAUAGUUGUGGUUGGGGGUUAUAUGACCUAUGCAAAAUAUGCUAAGAUAGACCCAAGUUUAGGACUCAUCACCAAAAUGGCUACACAUUUGCCCAUCAGUAAAUGCAUAUCAGAAGACAAUCAGUGUAUAGUUGGUGGAAUGCUGAUCGGUACAGGAGUUUGGGCCAUCAUCACCUUUAUUAUGAGGAACAUUCUGAAAUCUUUGCUGUCCUGGCAUGGAUGGAUGUACAGUGCCCAUGGGUCCACAUCCAUGAAGACCAAAAUUUGGCUGGUACUUGUAAAGUUGUUCUCUGGACCUAAGCCAAUGUUGUACAGUUUCCAGAGCUCCUUGCCACACCUACCUGUGCCCCCUGUGAACCACACAAUCAAAAGAUACCUCGAAUCUGUGCGUUCUCUCAUGGACGAUGAGCAGUACAAACGUAUGGAAGGACUGGCGAAGGACUUUGAAAAGAACUUGGGCCCCAAACUUCAGUGGUACCUGAAGCUCAAGGCCUUUUGGGCCUCCAAUUAUGUCAGUGACUGGUGGGAGGAGUAUAUUUACCUGCGAGGACGUGGACCCAUCAUGGUCAACAGCAAUUACUAUGCAAUGGACUUUUUGUACGUCUUCCCUACUCAUUUGCAAGCUGCCAGGGCGGGGAAUGCUAUUCAUGCCAUAAUGCUUUACCGGAGAAAACUGGACCGAGCUCAGAUCAAACCUAUUUGCUUGCUGGAGAACAGAGUGCCAUUGUGUUCGGCACAGUGGGAGCGGAUGUUUAACACGUCCCGCAUCCCAGGCCUGGAGACAGAUACCAUCCAGCAUGUGAACGAGAGCAAGCACAUUGUGGUCUUCCACAAGGGUCGCUUUUUCAAGGUGUGGAUGUUUUAUGAUGGUCGCUUGCUGUUGCCCAGAGAGAUUGAGCAACAGAUGGAGAGGAUUUUGGCAGAUGCAUCCAAACCUCAGACUGGAGAGGAGAAACUGGCUGCACUUACUGCAGGAGACAGGGUGCCGUGGGCGAAGGCCCGCAGUGAGUUUUUCAGUAGAGGGAAGAACAAGCAAUCUCUGGAUGCAGUGGAGAAGGCUGCUUUCUUUGUCACGCUGGAUGACACAGAGCAGCGUUACGAGCCUGAUAACCCUGUGCAGUCCUUGGACAUCUAUGCUAAAUCUUUGCUUCAUGGAAAAUGCUAUGACAGAUGGUUUGACAAGUCCUUUAACCUGAUUGUGUUUAAGAACGGCACAAUGGGUCUGAACGCUGAACAUACCUGGGCUGAUGCGCCUAUUGUGGGCCAUCUGUGGGAACAUGUGUUGUCUAUGGAUCCUUUAAAGCUGGGAUACGCUAAAGAUGGGCACUGCAAGGGAAAACCUCAUCCCAGCCUGCCUGGUCCUCAGCGCCUGCAGUGGGAUAUUUCUGAUGAGUGUCAGUCUGUGAUCAACAGCUCUCUGGCGGUGGCUACUGCCAUAGCAGAUGAUGUAGACAUGCACAUCUUCCCCUUUAACAACUUUGGCAAAGGUUUAAUCAAGAAGUGCAGGACCAGCCCAGAUGGCUUUAUUCAGCUCGCACUUCAGCUCGCUCACUUCAGAGAUAAGAACAAGUUCUGCUUGACAUAUGAGGCCUCAAUGACACGGCUGUUCCGUGAAGGCCGAACUGAAACUGUUCGAUCCUGCACCAUACAGACUUGCGAUUUUGUUCGUGCCAUGAUGGAUGAAAAACAGACAAAAGAGGAGAGGCUGCGACUUCUGAAGUUGGCAACAGAAAAGCACCAGGAACUCUAUAGAUUGGCCAUGACUGGUAAAGGCAUCGAUCGCCAUCUCUUCUGCCUCUAUGUAGUGUCCAAGUACCUGGGAGUUGACUCACCCUUCCUCAAAGAGGUGUUGUCUGAGCCAUGGAGACUGUCUACCAGUCAGACUCCUCUACAGCAGGUGGAUCUCUUUGAUUUGAAGAAGCACCCAGAGUAUGCCACCAGUGGAGGUGGCUUUGGACCAGUGGCAGAUGAUGGUUAUGGUGUGUCAUAUAUCAUUCUUGGAGAAGACCUUAUCAACUUCCACAUAUCAAGCAAGCGUUCCAGUCCAGAGACUGACUCUCACCGCUUUGGCAGCCACAUUAAGCAGGCCAUGCUUGACAUUCUUGAUCUCUUUGAUUUGAACAAGAAGGUUGCCAACUGAACCAUUCUUCUCUCUCCGUCAAGCAAAGUGGUUCCAUUUCAGCAAAAAUGCUCUGUAUGUUAGAAGAUUAUAAAUGUAUUAUUGAUUUCUAAUUUAUGUUUGAUUAAACAAGAAAUGGGAAUGUUAAAUAUCAUUAGGGGGCUUUCCCACAUUCGAAAACAUUUUCAUGUAGAGCGCGCCAAAUGAUUUGAAAUUCUUAGCUUUUCUUGGUUUCAUGUCAUAUACCUUCCAAGGGGACCUAUUACUGGAUUCCAAUAGCCCUAAACAACAAGGAAGAAUAACAAUAAUAAGUAGAAAAUUAUAUUUUUAAAUAGUUUUUUUAUAUGCAGACUUUUAAUUAUACAGUAAGUGUGUAAUUAAGAUCUUAUUUAACAUGCCUCGGAGUCCUCAGACUCGUGGACCCACUGUGAUCUUUGGCACCCCCUGGUAUUAGAGUGUACUAUGUAGUAGUUUAGUGCACAGGGUUGGAUUUAUUUCACCGCCUCUGUAAGAGGUUUUUUACAAUUGCCCUAAAAAUUACAUCAACACUAAAUUAAAAAAUUGGCAUAUUUUUAGACUCUCUCAUUUAUUAUAAAAGAGGCAUGACCAACUUACACUCCAACUUUAAAACAACUGCUGCAUGUUUUUUAGUCAGUGACUGCAUUUCAACAUUUUGAGCAUGCUUUCCCUAAGAUAUUGAGGUCAUUCAGGUUUGGUAUCAAAUUUGGGAAUGUGGGAAAGACCUCUUAACAAUGCAUGGGAGACAUGAUUAUAUAAAUUUUGUGAUUAGGUUUAAGUGUAAACAUUGAAAGAAACUAUUCAGUGGGCCUUUUUAAAAUAAUGUACUGUGCCAAUCUUUUUUUUUUAUUUGUCUUCUGCAAAACAGGCAGAACUCUCAGAGCCCAUAUCUGAUUUUAUUUUUAACUAAAUGGCAAAUUCCAAAACACUCUUAUGGGGGGGGGGGAAGGGGGGGGGCAACUUUUUGUGCUGUUUCAAUGCAAAGCAAAUUCAAUGCAAUGUUUUAAGCAGGUAUUUUACUUAUACUGCUGAACCUGUGGAAUAUGUGAUAGUGGUUGUGGGGGAGGGCAGCCACUAGAUGGAGUCCUUAGAGAACUUAUGCAGUGAGCGUAUACUUGAAGGAAAUUGUUUUGAAAGUAUCACUUGCAUGAGAUUUUUUGAAUAGAAUAAUUUUUUUCAGUUACUCAUUUAAAAGUUCCAGCUAAUUUUUGCAUUUAAUUUUUUUGCUCACGAUUUUCUCCAUAGCGAAAUAUUCAUAUACUGUACAAAUUAAAACCAGUCAGCACAAUGAAGUGUUUCUGAUUUUGAGCAAAGUGACACAAGCAGAGAAAGCACAUAGCUGCUUUGUAAACCUUUAUAGUGUCUGGAAGUAAACUGUUCAGAUUACUUUAGCUCUUUUCAAAUGAGUCCUUGAACAAGCAAUUAAAGAAAUCUGUUUAAAGCAGUUGAUUCUAAAUGCAUGCUGUAUAUUUAUCUAUUUUUGUUGUCUUUAAUUCAUUAAAAGGUUGUACCCAGGAGUCUCUUACGAUUUGCUUUCAUUUAUCUGUUUUAAAAUGUGCUAAAGAAAAAAUAGUUUAAAUGGAAACUGUCACUGAAAUGUGUGUGUAUAUGGAACCUAUUGUAUUUAUAUGAUAUUUUCCACAGAAGCAGCUAUCAUGCCAAAUAAACAAUAAAGCAUAUCAUGUCAGAGAAAAA